CCACAUUCAUUUCGGCACGAAUCCAGUUUUCCAACGCGACGUCAUUAUUGCCGAGCGUGGCUCUUCCUGAAGUUCAAGUACAUAGAACUACAAUUUCGAUGCGAGCAGUGGAAAGUGUACGAAAUGCAAACGCAGCUUCCCGCAUUUGUGGAGUUGGUAUUGUUGACCAGAACCACCUUGCUCAGGCGUUCAAGUUCAAUUAAAUUGACAAUCAGUUAG